CGUACCGGGCUCUCCAAGGGGUUCGAGUCUCGUUUCUUUCCAUGCGUUUACCCUCUCUAGACGAUUCCCUCACCAAUGGGAUUCGAUAGGCGUUGACUUAAAAGGCGCAUCAAUGGCCCAAUAUGCUCUUGGCGGGAGCCCGCCCUCGCUUGCGAUGGACCAGCUCAUCAUCAGCAUUGACUCGGAGCGCCUCUCAAUCCCACCUGACCGUCACGGACCGCCAUGGAUCGGCAGCGUCGGCUCGUUCCUCAUGAGGCAAUUCCUCCACCGACCUGCGCAUCGGCUGCCACGGCUCUAUGCUAGGGCUCAUGCGCCAGGCCGUCCACGGCGCAGACGCCGCGAGGUCAUUCCCUUGGCGACCCUGUUGACCAAGACGAUGAUCGCUCAACACCUGGGACACUCUGAGUACUGGGCCGAGGGCGUCAGGAUCGUCAGUCAUCAUGUGCCCUGGCGGCUCAACGGGGCAGAAGAUGACAUUGAGCUGCUGUCCCAGGUGCUUCUGCUCUGGCUCAAGGCGUCAACGGCACCACUCGGCAUGGUCAAAAAGUAA